GGUCAGUUUUCAACGGCAGUAAAGAGAACAUAAUCGUACAGUAAAGAUCGCAAGAUAUCUUGUGGUAACUCAACUUGAUACUCUCGUGUCUCGUGCACUCAAUUAGUUAUUAAAUUAAUAAAAUAAAACAAAAUAAAAUAUUUUUAUUGUAAUUCAAGAGAUAAUAAUAAUAAUCAAUCAACGUUCAUCCAACGAAUCUACAAACUAAUAAUUUAUAAGUUUAUUUAUUUAAAGUUAAUAACAUAAAUUAUUAUAAAUAAAAUCAAGAGUUGGAUUGGAGUGUAACAGCUUAGCAGAAAGUAACAGAUCAUAAUUUAGUUGGUAGUGAUCAUUGUGAUUCCAGAAUAAUCCGAAAAAAUAAAGUAAAGACGAGUUUGUACGAUGGCUGCUAUGUCCGUCAUUGGAAUAGACUUUGGUAACGAUAGCUGUUAUGUUGCCGUUGCCAGAGCCGGUGGUAUUGAAACAAUUGCUAAUGAUUACAGCUUGAGGGGCACGCCAUCAUGCGUGGCAUUCAGCGAGAAAAAUCGUAUCCUCGGUGUUGCUGCUAAGAAUCAGAUGAUAACUAAUAUGAAGAAUACAAUUUAUGGAUUCAAAAGGCUGUUGGGAAGAAAGCACAAUGACCCUCAAGUUCAACAGGAACUCAGACACCUUAAUUAUCAAAUUACUGAACAGCCUGAUGGAGGAAUCGGUAUUCGAGUAAAAUAUUUGAGAGAGGAACAUGUCUUUACACCAGAACAGAUCACGGCAAUGUUGUUCACUAAAUUGAAGGAAAUAUCAGAAAAUGCUCUCCAGACAUCCGUAAAUGAUUGUGUAAUCUCGGUCCCUUCGUAUUUCACUCAGGCUGAACGUCAUGCUCUUUUGGACGCUGCGCGUAUUGCUGGACUAAAUGUUUUGCGUUUGUUCAAUGAAACAACUGCUACUGCAUUAUGUUAUGGUAUUUACAAGCAAGAUUUACCAACACCAGAUACUCCACCACGAAACGUCGUGUUUGUUGACUGUGGUUACGCUAGUUUACAAGUCAGCGUUUGUGCAUUUAACAAAGGCAAACUCAAGAUGCUGGCUUGCUGCUCAGACAGCAAUUGUGGAGGCAGAGAUAUUGACCGUAUUCUUGCUAAUCAUUUCUGUAAAGACUUUCAAGCUCGUUACAAUAUUGAUCCAUUAAAUAAUCCCAAAGCUUACAUUCGAUUACUUGCUGAAGUUGAAAAAUUGAAAAAACAAAUGUCGGCUAACUCAACAAAACUUCCGAUUAACAUUGAAUGUUUUAUGGAUGAAAAAGAUGUACAUGGUGACAUGAAACGUGAGGACAUGGAAACUAUUUGUCAUCACCUCUUCAAGCGUGUUGAAGCAGUAUUGAAAAAGACUCUUCAAGACUCUGGAUUAAAAACUGAAGAGAUUCAUUCUGUGGAAAUAGCUGGAGGAUCUAGUAGAAUUCCUGCUCUCAAACGAUUGGUAGAAGAGGUAUUUGGUAAGCCAGCUUCAACAACAUUAAAUCAAGAUGAAGCUGUUGCUCGUGGUUGUGCACUUCAGUGUGCUAUGUUGAGUCCAGCUGUACGUGUACGUGAUUUUUCUGUCACUGACAUUCAACCGUAUCCAAUUAAAUUGUCAUGGGACCCAGUAGACGGCGAGCAAGGAGAGGUUGAAAUAUUUUCAUACAAUCAUCAAUUCCCAUUUUCCAAGUAUUUGACGCUUAAACGUGAUCAUCCAUUUACUUUGACUGCCAGUUAUGAUACACCGAUUCCUACAUAUCCAACUACUCAUAUUGGUGCUUUUCAUAUUAAAAAUGUAAAACCUACGCCUGAAGGAGAACCGUCCAAAGUUAAAAUAAAGGUACGAUUGAAUUUGAACGGUAUACUGACAAUUGCAUCAGCCUCUAUGACUGAAAAACGUGAAUUAACACAAGAAGAAAAAGAGGAAGAAGAAAAACAACAACAACAACAGCAGCAGCAGCAACAGCAACAGCAACCCACCAUGGAGACAGAUCCAACACCACCACAGCAAGAUAAACCUGACCAGGAAGCUCAGGCUAAUGAACCACCAGCACCAGAGGUUAGCGCGGAUAAGGGACGGCGGGACUCAGAUGCUGAUGAUGAUGAUGGAAGAAAUACAAAGUCUGCACCGUCCUAUUCCUCGAGGAUACGCUCUUGGUUCAGCUCGGGUGAUGAUAAGAGUGAUGACAAAGGUAAAAAAAAAGUACCAGUUCGUUCAAUAGAUCUUCCUAUUGAAAUUAAUGCUGGAGGACUUCCUCAGCACGAAUUAGAUACGGCUAUGGAAAAAGAGGGUAAAAUGGUCGCUGAAGACAAGCAAGAAAAGGAAAGAAUUGACGCUAAAAAUGCUUUGGAAGAGUAUGUCUAUGAUUUAAGAUCGAAAAUUUCCAAUGAAGAUCAAUUAGGAUCUUUCAUUACGGAUAAUGACAGACAAGCUCUCAGUAAAGUUCUUGAUGAAGUUGAGGAUUGGUUAUAUGGUGACGGCGAAGAGUGUAAUAGACAAGUUUAUGUUGAUCGACUUGCUUCGUUGAAGGCUCAAGGAGAACCAAUUAAAGAGAAAAAACGAGAAUAUGAAGGAAGAAAAGUAGCUGUUAAUGAUUUAGCUGGUGCUCUACAAAUCGCAAAAAAAACCUAUGAUAAUAUUAAAUUAUCGUUAGGAAAAGAUGAUAAAUAUUCUCAUUUGACUGACGAGGAGCUUAAAGAAGCCGCUAAAACGAUACAGGAUAAAUGGACGUGGUUAGAAGAAGCUCGUGUCGUUAUCGCAGGUACACCACUUACACAAACAUGCAGUAUCACUGUAGCACAAAUUCAUAGUGAAAAACAGGCGUUAGAUACAAUUGUACAAUCAGUUCUCAACAAACCAAAGCCUAAAGUGGACCCACCGAAAAACGAUAAAUCGAAAGAAAAAACCACCGAGGAACAAAAAAAUCAUCAAAAUGCCCAAGGUGAUGGUCCUAAUCAACAGAAUAAUCAACAACAACCACCCGCGAAAGAUGAAAAAAUGGAUGUCGAGUAACAUUUUUAAUUCCUUUCAUUUUCCUCCCUUUUUUUUUUAAUUUUUUUUUUUUUUUUUUUUUUUUUUUUUAUAUAGAUCAAACAUAAAUCACACUCAAUUCAUCUAACAUUAAAUAAUUGAAUGGAUACUAAUACUGACGAGUACUUAAAAAAUAACUAAAUGAAUUAUUCUCGUCAACAUACACAAGCGUUUGGGCCUCACGACUCACAACAUAUAUUUAACGACUGCACUUUUUACUACAUUAUUUAAUUUAGAUAAAAAGAUUUACAAUAGUAAUAUAAAUAUGUAAUUUUUUUUUUUUUUUUUUUUCUCAUAAUUUCCCUACUUAAAAUAUAGUGCUCACUCAAACAUUCGAUAUUUAAAAACUUUUUCUACUACCUCACUUGAGUGUUGUUAUUGAUCAAAACAUUUAGGGAAAAUAAAAAUGUUCAAAAUUAUUUAUCAUCAAUAAUCAUUUUAGUUAGUUACCUCGAGAAAUAAAACUAAAAAAUGUCAAUGUUGUUAUAAAUAACCAUAAUAAAAUUAUUAGUGAAUCAUUAUCAUUAAAUAUAAUUAAAAUAAUAUUGGCCUUAUUUAAUUGUGAGGACUGUCUAAAUAAUCAGACGCUGUGUCCAACGAUAGUAAACAAUUUAAAUUUAAUUAAUUACCUAAAUAAACAAACGAGAUAAUAAUGAGUAAAUGAAUAACAUUAAGAUUUAAAUACGUCGCAGCUUAUUAUAAACGUUCAAAAACAGUAGUUUUUACUAUUACCUCGCUAGCUAAAUUU